AUGGUUGACUUUGAUUUUGGUGAUGAAUGUGACGAUAAAAAUGUAGAUCCAGAUUUUCAAAUAGACAGUGACCACAAUACAGACUCCGAAGAAGACUGCGACCCCUCCGAAUCUCCUCAUAAUGAUGAUAACAUUGAAAACGAAAUGGCCRAAACAGUAGAAAAUGAAACAAAUUCUUUGGGGUAUAGACGAAAAUAUUUUACGGGUAAAGACCAAAAAACCAAAUGGAAAAAACAAAAAUCAAAUAUUCAAGUAAGAACUCGUUCACAUAACAUUAUAACGCACCUACCCAGCGUAAAACCGAUUGCGAAAAAURCGCUAAGUGAAUUAGAAACAUGGUCAUUGUUUAUAAAUAAUGAUAUAUUAGAACACAUUGUUACUUGUACUAAUAUAUUUAUAAAUAAAGUUGCUGGUAAUUACAGUAAUAUCUGGUAUGUAAAAUGUACAAAUAUUAUUGAGUUAAAAGGUUUUAUUGGUUUGCUUUUUAUGGCUGGCGUCUUGCAUGGUGGAAGACUAAAUUUGGAUGAAUUUUGGGAAAGAGAUGGGACAGGUGUCGAAAUUUUUUGGGCAACUAUGUCACUGCAACGGUUUAGAUUUUUGAUUCGCUGCAUUAGGUUUGAUGAUCUUGAUACUAGAAUACAGAGAAAAAUGACUGAUAAAUUUGCACCUUUUAGAGAAGUUUUUGAUUUAUUUAUAAACAAUUGUAAACAGAACUACAGCAUUGGAGAGUUCGGCACUAUCGAUGAGACACUAGUAGCGUUUCGUGGUCGUUGCCCAUUUAAAAUGUAUAUACCAAGUAAGCCGGCUAAGUAUGGAAUUAACAGUCAUCAUCAUCAUACAUCAUUCACUCAACGUUCAACAUUCGAAGCAGCAACAAGUACAUCAAUCCAGUACUCCCGGCUCUUCGUUGAACGCAACCACCACCUCAACAGGCAACAGCGCCAAUAA